UUCAAUCGGAACGAGUAGGAUUUGAGAAUGGCUGAAGAUGAGAUUAUAGUCGAGGAGGAAGUGCCUCCAUCUUCUUCGUCUUCGUUAAUUGUGGAAGAGGACGAUGGGACAGAGCUCAAGCACUUGGGUUUCGUCAGAACCGCGGCGACUUACUUGGCUGUCUGUUUGUCGACGCUCUACGAGUUGGCUAAGGACAACGCUGGUCCUCUCAAACUCGGUGUCGAGAACAUCGAAGCCACCGUUGAGACGGUACUUUCACCGUUGUACGACAAGUUCAAUGACGUUCCUUUCAAGCUUCUCUUAUUCGUCGAUCGUAAGGUGGACGAUGUGUUCUACGAUGUGGAAACAUACGUUCCUUCUUUGGUGAAGCAAGCUUCUAGCCAAGCGCUCACCGUGGCCACUGAGGUGCAACGCGCCGGCGUCCUCGACACGACCAAGAGCAUCGCCAGGAGCGUUCUCGACAAGUACGAGCCAGUCGCGGAGUAUUACGCAGCGACGGUGUGGCGUUUGUUGAAUCAUGUGCCGUUAUUCCCCGAAGUUGCGCAGUUAGUGAUACCUACGGCGUUUUACUGGUCGGAGAAGUAUAACGACGCCGUUCGUUACGUUGGGGACAGAGACUACUACGUCGCCGAGUAUCUACCAAUGAUUCCUAUCGAGAAGAUCUCUGAUAUUUUGGAACAAGAUCACUGUCGAGCCCACUAGUGACUGAAGAAGCCAAAAACAUUCCUUCUAUUAUAAGUUCACUCUACAUAUGUAACUUUGUUUUCCCUUUUUUCGCAACUUUCAUUUCAAUUUUCUUUCAGUUUUUCAUUUAAAGAAUUUGCCUCUCUUUUUUUUAAGAAAUAACGAGUGUAAGAGACAUUAUCUCUAGUGAACUAUCUUCUUUACUGUUCAAA